AUGCUUGACCAGCAGUACUACGAGCGCACAUACAUGAAGAAGAAAGAGAAGGACGACAUUCUAGGAGAGGAGCAAUCUGAUCUGCCAGUCAACGAAGUUCCUGGAGGAUGUCCGAACGAGAAAUGCGAUUCCAAAAAGGCCUACUUCUACCAGCUGCAGACUCGAAGUGCGGACGAACCGCCCACCUCUUUCUUCAAGUGUAUUGAGUGCGGAAAACAGUGGAGAGAAUACUGA